CCGGUGGCAAGUGUACUGAUGGGUAGGGAGACGGCUUCUCUACAGUAGAGUACUCGCCUACUUGCGGGAUGGGAUGUUCUGUCCGACUGGCACCCCACAGUCUUCACAUGUGACGUUGAGAAUGCAGUGACGCGUGCCUUACGAAGAGCAUGGCCAGAAAGCCGAGUGGCCGGAUGUUGGUUUCACUCGGCAAUUAGCAUGAACAAGAAAGCGCGGACUCUGGGCCACGUACAGCUGCUACGCCAAAACCCUGCUGCCAGAAGAGUAUACAAGAUGUGCCAGGCCUUGCCUCUACUUCCAGCGAACAUGAUCGAGGAAGGGUACGACCAUGUUGUGAACUUCGCCCAGCAGGCAGGCGUCCUCCAAAAUCUCGUGGUGUUCCUCAACUACGUGCACCGUGUGUGGAUUACUGGUGUCGGUGUUGAGUCUUUCUCUGUUUAUAAACAGAGGAGACGCACCAACAACGACAUGGAGUCCUACCACAGAAAGUUGAGGGAUACCAUGAAUACUGCCCAUCCGAACGUGUGGGUUUUUACAGAUGGUCUGAGAGCGCUGGAAUGCGAGGCUUCAGUAACGCUGGCUUCGUUAUAAACGGGUCUCAACGCUGUCAGACCAUCUCGUCCGAGAUAUUUGUUGUCAAAGAGGACAAUAAAUACUCUCACCACACGCUUAGAUGACGGGCAGUACAGUGUUGGCGAGUUUCGGGAGGCGGCUAGUCACCAGCUGGACAACAUCCACAACGACGUCUACAACGUCGCAGGCGAAGAUGAAGACGACGAUGAGGAUGUUGUUGGUGUGGACGGUGGCAGAUUGCCGCCGGACGAAGAAGCUGGUGGCCAAGCUGCUGUAGCUGUACGUGGUCGCGACCGUGGAGCGGUAGCAAGAAGAGGCCGUGUUCGUCGUGGGGCAGUGGCAGCACGCGGGAGACGAAGACAUGUGGUGGUGUCUCAUACAAUACUAACUCAUUUCAAUACUUCCAUUGUGACAGUUUUCAUCCAUAUGUAAAUCAUACAUGAUACAGUAAAGUUCUUACUUUCCAGUCCAUGUUCAUGUAUGCUAUUUCUUCGGUCCAGUUUAGGAAUUAUAUCAGUAUUUAUAUACCUAAUCAGUAUCGUAUAACUCAUCAGUAAGUAAAUGGAUGCUGUGUCACCUCGAUUUUCUGUCAUUAAAAUUGCGUUUAUAAUCA